AUGAAGGUGACCAUCACCUUAUGGUACUUGGCCACAGGAAAGAUGCAGUUGUGCAGUAGCGAUGACUUCGACACAUCACAGCCAACUGUUAGCCAUGCUAUCACCCAGACCCUUGAGGCCCUUGCACAACGAGACAAUUUCCGGAGGUUCAUCAAUUUCCCCCUCACCCAGCAGGAACUUCAGCAGAAACAAAAACAAUUCAUGCAAGUUGCAGGGUUUCCUGGUGUCGUUGGUGUAGUCGAUGGCACUCAUAUAAGAAUUAUAGCCCCAAGGGAACACGAAGUUGAAUAUGUAAACCGGAAACGGUUUCAUAGCAUCAAUGUACAAGUUGUGUUUUAUGCAACAUACUACAGAAUACUUGACAUUGUUGCAAAGUGGCCUGGCUCUGUCAAUGAUGCCAGUCUUCAAUGA